GAAGGUGUCAUCCAUCCAUUGCUGCGAUGCUGUGGUUCCAGCGGGGGAGGGGCAGGCGGUGGGAAAUGCAGGGAUCUCUUGAGCUUUCAGCCAAUUGUGGGUCACUUGAUUACCGCAGCAAGCUUGGUAGGGCUGCGGGGGAACCAAUCAGCUGCAGGGGUGCUUCGUGUCAGAGCUGCCAGAUGGCAAGCAGCUCUGUCUGUCUGACCGACAGUUGACGCGACUUUGGAUGAGAUUAGGUGCGGCCCCCGAACUUCGUCGAGAACUACACUUGACGAGUCGUGUUUGAUGGUCAAGAUGGAGAAAGAUACUGUCAAGAAACCCCCAGGGCCGAGAAUAGAAAAGCCAGCCGAGAAAGAUGGCAGGGUGCACGCGCAGGUCGCGGCUGCUCAAGUCGGGGAUAUUCUCAGUGUGUUGCUGGCAUUUCGGUUCAUCAACUCUCUUUUUGUCAAGACAUUCUUUCAACCAGAUGAAUAUUUCCAGGCCUUGGAGCCGGCGUGGAGGUUGGCUUUUGGGGAAGGCAGUGGUGCUUGGAUGACUUGGGAAUGGGAAUAUCAAUUGCGGUCUUCACUUCACCCAGCCGUAUUUGGCGCCGCGUACAAGCUUGCCGAGACUGUCAUGAGUGCCAUGCAUUUGUUUCCACCCUUCAUCGCUUCCAUGUUAGUAGUUUUGCCAGGGGCUUUGCAGUCUGUGUUUGCUGCCUUGGGAGACUUUUACACAUGGAAGCUGGCCAUGGAUGUCUAUGGGAGGGAGAGUUGUGCUCCUUGGGCUGCUUUGUGGAUGACCGUUCUCAAUCCCUGGCAGUGGUACUGCUCAACAAGAACAUUUUCCAACUCUCUCGAGACAACCCUCACCAUUGCUGCUCUUUCCUACUGGCCUUGGGAGCUCCUUGCAGAUGCCAAGGAAACCAAAGAAGAGCGCCUGAAGCAAAAAGGGAGACUCAACAGCUUGAGAACAUCCCUCUUCCUAGCAGCCAUCGCCGUCCUCCUUCGCCCAACAAACCUCUUCAUCUGGCUCGGCAUCAUCGCCCUGACCCUCACCCGCCUCACUCUCGACGGCCAGUCCCCCAUCACACAAACCACCUUCCCUACCCUCCUCAGAGAAACCGUCCUCUGUGGUUCCGUUGCCCUCGCCAUCUCGGUCGUCUCUGACCGCCUCUACUUUGGCUUCUGGACCUUCCCUCCUUACAAAUGGCUCUACUUCAACAUGUCCCAGUCUCUCGCCGUCUUUUACGGCCGGAUGCCCUGGCACUAUUACCUCUCCCAGGGCAUUCCUCUCCUCACCACCACCUUCCUCCCCUUUGCCCUGCUGGGCAUCUACAAAGCCACCCUCACCUCCGCCAAACCCACCACCCUCCUCUCUGCCCGUCCAACAUCCCUCUCCACCACCUCAUUCAACACCCUCAAGACUUUGUCUUUUGCCCUCAUAGGCAUGAUCACCAUCCUCUCCCUAAUCUCCCACAAAGAAGUCCGCUUCAUCUACCCCCUCCUCCCCAUCCUGCACAUCCUCGCAGCACCCUACGUAACCAGCUUCUUCACCACCCCUCUCACCACCCCAUCCAAACCUUUGGUGCUGCGCCACAAAAUCUUCCUCGCAAACAUCCUCUCCAUCAACCUCCUCCUCGCGGGGUAUCUCUCCCUCUUCCACCAGCCCGCGCCCAUCUCUGUCCUUUCCUUCUUGAGAAGUGAAUACGAGCGCCUCCACCCUGACUCCCUUUCUUUGAGUGCUUCCCCACAGGAACAAAAGGAAUUAUUCGCCCUGUUUCUCACCCCCUGUCACACGACACCGUGGAGGUCGCAUCUUGUCUGGCCGGGGCUGAGGGCUAGGGCGUUGACCUGUGAGCCGCCGUUGCAUACUGCUCCGGGGACGCCUGAACGGGAAAACUAUCUUGACGAGGCGGAUAGGUUUUACGCGGAGGAUGCGGAGACGGGGAAGUACGGGGGGGUGUUUCUGAGGCGAGAGAUGUGGCCACAGUUUUUUGAUGGGGGUGACGGGAGAAAAGGGGAGGAGAUACCGAGGUUUGUGGUUGGUUUUGAGGGGAUUGAGGGGGUGUUGGGGGAGUUUUUUGGGGGUGAGGGAGAAAAGAUGGGGGUGAAGAUGAAAAAGGUUUGGGAGGGGUGGAAUGGGCUCGUUAAUGAGGAUUGGAGGAGGGGUGGGAGGUUGGUUGUUUGGGACACGGGGGUUUAUCCUGAUGGCGGUGGGGAGGUGGUGGAUGGGGGAAGUAAAGAUGAGUUGUGAUGGAACGGGAGUAGAAUGUAUGUAUGUUAUGGUUGGAACUACUGUUUAUUUCUUUCCUCUGUGGUGGAUUUGAUUUUGUCAAAACCCACGCUGAAUUUUGUAGAAUAUGUGGAACGGGCUCUAGAUACCUUCUUGACUUGCCAGGUACUCACCAGAUUGUUUGAGAUAUCGUCCUUCUUUUGAAAGCCCUCUCGCAGUCUAUUUCAACCUCGACAAGCAGUGAGCUCUACUCUACAAGCUUCCUGCGUCUCCCUCC